GCUGGCGACGAAAAAGCGAAAGGACCAACAUUUCUCAGUAAACCGAGAAUUAUACCUAAAGAUGAUGGCGCUCUUAUACUUAUGGAAUGCCGUGUAAAAAGCGCAACGAGGCCAAUCACUGCAUGGUUCAAAGAUGGCAUUCCAGUUCAAGAAGGAUCUUUGUAUAGGAUUGUUUUAUCGGAUUUGGGCGACUCAUCCUAUCUUUGCUUAUUAGAAAUACAUAAUCCUUCGACGAGCGAUGCGGGACAAUAUCGAUGUAAUAUAAAAAACGACCAAGGUGAAACAAAUGCGAAUUUAUUGUUAAAUUUUGAGCAGGAUGAAAGCGAACCUCAACAAGAGAAGAGGACACCAAAAAAAGGGCUGAAAUCUCGUGAAGGUACACCAAAGAAAUCACUAAAAUCUCGUGAAGGAACACCUAAAAAGUCAAUGCGAUCGAGAACAGCGACACCUACGCAAGAAAUCGAAAUGGCAGGUAUUGAAAAUGGCGCAUUAAAACCACCAAAGGUUGAAAAAGUUGAACCGAUGGAAGUCGACGUUUCACCAACGAAAAGAAAGAGUGAUGCCGCAGCACUUGCACCAAGUGGUGAAAAAAGACCACGCGAAAAAAGUGCAAGUCCUCGACCAAAGAGUCCACGAAGACAUAAAUCGAAAUCAAAAUCUCCAGCUCCCCGAGAAAUGAAGCAGCCUCCAAUUAUUAUAAAUGCGCUUAAAUCGAAGAAAGCUCAUCAAGGUGAAACUGUUGUAUUAGAAUGUGAACUACAGUGUCAUCGAUCGACGAAAAUUACUUGGUUCAAAGAUGGCCGACUAGUUGAGCCAAAUGCAGAUUUUAAAAGCGAUUUUGAUGGGCGUUUCGCAAAAUUAACCAUUAAUAAAUUGACUAGCGAUAAAUGUGGUUCAUACAGGUGCAUAGCAAAUAGUGAUUAUGGUGAAACAAAAACUUCAGCAUCGGUCACAUUAGAUUCAACUGGUAUUAAUUUACGCAACAUAAAAAUUUAUAGAAAUAAUCGUAGAAAAUCGCUAAUCAUAAUGAAAUCUCAUCGAAAAAAAGUUGUGCCUGAAAUCGACAUUCAAAAAGUUGAAACAAAAAGCGCAAAAGCUGAAACAGAAGUAAAAAAAUCAGCGGACGAUUCGAAAUUGACUGAUAAAAAAGCGAAAAAAUCCAGUCUUUUGAAAGAUAACAAUAAUUUGAAAUCGGAAAUGGAAAAAGAUAACGAAAAAAAGCGAACUGUUUCGCCAAGGCCUUCAAUAACGAAAGAGGAAAGUGAUGAAGAAUCACAAGCAAAUGAUGGAAUACCAUCUUCUGGGUUAACUAUACCUCAACACUUGAGAGCAAAACUAAUGGGCCAAAUGACUGAAAGCCAGUCAAUGACGAUUGGCGAUUCAGAAGACGAAAUGACAGAGUCGAUUUCUGAACUUCCAUCAAUAACCGUUCAGAAAGCGAAGAAGCGACCAUCAGCGAUGGCCGAUCAAGCGAUUGGUAAAAGAUUAUCGCCGAGACCAAGUGAAAAUGAAAAUCGCGCACGGCGACGAAGUAGCAUUGAUAUGCGCCAAGAGAAUUUCCAGAGUCUUAUAGAUAAACCAUCGACUCCACUCGUUGCAAGCGGUCCUGUCGGUCCACCCCAUAUCGUUGAAAUACCUGAAAGUGUCACAGUUGGUGAAAAUGAUACAGCUGUGAUAAAGUGCAAAGUAGAAGGCAAUCCUGUGCCAACAUUCAAAUGGACGAAAGGAUUGCGCGAAUUGAUGAGUGGAGGCAGAAUAAAAGAAACAACGGAUAGCAAUGGAACAAUCACCUUAAUAAUGCAAAAAUGCCGAUCGCAAGAUGAUGGACCAUACACGUUAACUAUUGAAAACGAACAUGGAACUGAUUCUGUAACUGUGAAACUUCUUGUUACUGCCUCUGAACCUGGAUUAGAUUUCAGAGCGAAAUUGAAGCAUAGAGAAUCGUCAAUGUCAACUAGAGACGAUUCAUUAUCGGCAAAAGGAAAUGAAAGGCAAAUGAGUGAAGCAGAAAGAAGGCAAUCUUUAUUUCCGGGUAAAAAAUUAGAGAAAUGGGAAGUUCCAUUAGAGGAUAAAACUGUUCAGCAGCAAGUUGAUAAAAUAUGUGAAUGGAAAUGUACAUAUUCUCGACCAAAUGCGAAAAUUCGAUGGUAUAAGGAUAAAAAAGAAAUAUUCAGCGGUGGAUUGAAAUAUAAAAUAGUUAUCGAAAAAGCUGUUUGUACUUUGAUUAUAAAUAAUCCUGAAGUGGAGGAUAGUGGCAAAUAUACGUGCGAAGCAAAUGGCGUACCUACUACGGCAAUAUUAACAGUAGAAGAGCCACCAAUGAAAUAUAAUUUUAUUAAUCCUUUACCAAAUACGCAAGAAAUUUAUCGAACCAAACAAGGAAUCCUUACUUGCAAAGUCAACAAUAAACGAGCACCUCUUGUUUGGCACCGCAAUGGAAAAGCUAUAUCCGAAAGCGAUCCAAGAUUUAUAAUAGAAAAUGAUGCAGUUGGACGAUUCACAAUAACAAUAAAAGAAGUGAUUCAAGAGGAUCAAGGAGAAUGGAUGGCAAAAAUAACCAACGAUGUAUUUAGCAAAGUUCAAGUAUACGUCGAAGAACCUCGAACAACUUUUGUAAUUCCGAUGAAAUCACAAAAAGUAACAGAAAAUGAAAUAGCGGUAUUCGAAUGCGAUGUAAAUGAUAAAGACGGUGAGGUUGAAUGGUACCACGAUGGUAUUAAAAUCCCAAUUGACGGUAAAAAAUAUAUCGCUGAGGCAAUUAAUAGAAAAAGAAGACUUACAAUAAGCGGAGCGAAAUUGGAAGAUCAUGGUGAAUAUAAAUGUACGACGAAAGACGAUCAAACUCUUGGACAGCUUAUUGUCGAUGCUUUGAAUAAAUUUAUUGUAAAAUUGAAAGACGUCGAAGUGUUUGAAAAGGAUGAUGAUACGAAGACGCCUGGUAUUUGGUCAAGGAUGGGUAAAAUAAUAACAUCAAUGCCCGGAGGCAAAUAUGAAACAUCAUCAAGAAGCGGCGUUCAUACGUUAAAAAUUUCAAAAAUCGAGCUUACAGAAGGUGAAACCUACGAAAUUAAUGUCGGCGGUUUAGAAGGAUCUUGCAACGUUACUGUACUUGAAGCCGAAAAAAGACCUGUAUUGGAUUGGAAACCUAAAAAGAUUGAAAUGGAGGUUGGUAAGCCAGAAGAGAUCAAAGUACCAUUCUCGAUUAAAGGAGCUAGAAGAGGUGAUCCCAAACCUGUCCUACUUCGUAAUGGCAAGCCAGUUGAUUUGGAAAAAAUGAAAGAUCUAAUUGAAGUUGUCAUAAAUGGCGAUGUUGCAGAAAUUAAAUUCAAGAAUCCAAAAAAAGAAGAUACUGGUAAAUGGGCACUGGAACUAUCAAAUUCGGGUGGAACUGCUCUGGCUCCUUUCGAAGUAUUUGUUAAAGAUAAACCAAAACCACCAAAAGGACCACUUGAAGCGAAUAAUAUUUCUGCCAAAGGAUGCGAUUUAAAGUGGAAUGCUCCUGAACCUCAAGAGGGUGUACCUAUUAAAGGUUAUAUAGUAGAAAUUCAAGAAAAUCAAGGAAAAUGGACGAAAGUUGCCGAAACAAAAACCACAGAACUUCAGGUGCGAGAUCUUAAGGAAAAUGGUGAAUAUAAAUUCCGCGUAAAAGCUGUCAAUGAAGUCGGAGAAUCUGAACCAUUAACUGGGGAUUCAUUUAUUGCGAAGGAUGCUUAUACACCGCCUGGUAAGCCAAAAAAUAUGGAAGCAGUUGAUAUCGAUAAAGAUUCACUUACAUUACAAUGGCAACCACCAGAAAAUGAUGGUGGUGCACCAAUCGAAAAAUAUAUCGUAGAACGAAGAGAUAAAUCCAUGAAAACUUGGGAUGAAAUUGGAACAGUGGCUGCAGAACCAGAAAAAACAGUUUUUAGUAUAGUAGACAACACGGUGGCCGAAGGCAAAGAAUAUUAUUAUCGUGUUAAAGCUGUUAAUAAAGCGGGACCUGGUGAUCCAUGCGAUCAUGGCAGGCCUUUUAAGAUAGUUGCAAAACCUGAAGCGCCUGGUUUCCCUGGUGGAGGAAUUCAUGAUCUUCGACUGAAAGUAGGAGAGACCAUCAAGUACGACAUAGCCAUUGUUGGUGAACCUUUACCUGAAGUAACUUGGAUUGCUUGUGGCAAGCCUUUGAAGGCUAGCGAGCGAUGCAAAAUGACAACUGAGCGUGGAAAGCAUGUUUUAAAGGUUGAAAAUGCAAAGCGUGAAGAUACAGGCCAGUACACGAUAACUUUAAAGAAUGCGAGUGGCAAAUGUGAUUCUACUGCCACUGUGACCGUCGUUUCUAAACCGCUCCCACCGAAAGGACCUUUAAAUGUGACUGAUAUUUGUGGUGAUGGUGCUGUGCUUGAUUGGAAACCACCUGACGACGAUGGUGGCGAACCCUUACUAGAAUACGUUGUGGAAGCUCAAGAUAUUGAUAAUAAAGGGCAUUUUGUCCCUGUUGGUAAAGUAUCGGCCAACGAAACGAAGCUGAAAAUCACUGGCCUAAAGAACAAAGGCAAUUACAAAUUCAGGCAAAUUUUAGACUUUACCUCGGUAAAAGCUGUGAAUAAAGAAGGAGAAUCCGAUCCGCUUUCAACUGAUCAAUAUAUAUUAAUCAAAGAUCCAUGGGAUGAGCCUGGUAAACCAGGUAAACCUCAAAUCACCGACUAUGAUGCUGAUAGGAUUGAUCUAGAAUGGGAGCCACCAUCUAAAGAUGGCGGCGCUCCAAUUGAAGAAUAUAUCAUAGAAAUGAAAGAUCCUCGUUCGAAAAACUGGGUUGAAUGUGCUCGAUCUCCGACAACGAAUGCAUCCAUAAAAAAUUUGAAAGAAGGCAAUGAGUAUCAGUUCAGAGUAAAAGCAGUGAAUAAAGCUGGUCCAGGUCAACCUAGCGAAGCAUCUGAGCGACAAAUAGCGAAAUCGAAAUUCGUUCCUGCAUGGUUGAAACACGAAGCAUUACGAAGCAUGACAAUUAAAGCAGGACAAACAGCUCAUUGGGAUGUCGCCAUUGGCGGAGAACCACCACCAGAAGUAAACUGGUUUAAAGGAGAUAUUCCUUUAGCAAAAAAUGAUCUAAUUCAGAUUGAAAUUAUAAAAAAUGAACGUACAAUCCUUUCUGUUCAAUCAGCAACUCGUGCUGAUUGUGGAAAAUAUAAGUUGAUGGUUAAGAAUUCAACAGGAAAAGAUGAAGAGGCUGCUGAUUUAACAGUCUUAGAUAAGCCGGGCAAGCCACGUGGUCCUCUACAGGUAUCAGAUAUAUUCGAUUCGAACUGUAAUCUAGCAUGGAAGCCGCCAGAAGAUGAUGGUGGAGAACCAAUUGAUCAUUAUGAAGUUGAAAAAUUAGAUGUCGAAAGUGGUCGUUGGGUGCCUUGUGCAAAAGUAAAAGAUACAAAAGCACAUGUGGAGGGACUUAAAAAAGGCCAAACUUAUCAGUUUCGAGUUAAAGCCGUUAAUCGUGAAGGCGUUAGCGAUCCACUCGCAACGGAUGGUUCUAUUGUCGCUAAAAAUCCAUAUGAUGAACCUGGAAGAACAAAUGCACCCGAGAUUACUGAUUGGGAUUCCGAUCGUGUUAAUCUUGCAUGGGAUCCACCAGCUAAUGAUGGUGGUGCACCUAUAACAGAUUAUAUUAUUGAAAAGAAAAGCAGACAUGGCCGGGAAUGGAGUGAAUGCGGUAGGACGAAUGGUCCUAUUUGUGAAGCAGAAAUUCGAGAUCUUAAAGAAGGAGAAGAAUACCAAUUCCGAAUUAAAGCGGUGAAUAAAGCUGGUCCUGGUCAACCUUCAGAUCCUAGUAGGAAAAUUAUCGCAAAGCCUCGAAAUCUUAAACCACGUAUCGAUCGUAACUCUAUGAAAACUGUAACGAUAAAAGUUGGCCAAGGUCAUGAAUUCAGUGUUCCAAUAAUUGGAGAACCACCACCAGAAUUAAAAUGGUCCUUUAAUGAUAAGCCAAUUGAAAAUGACCCAAGAAUAAAGAUUGUUAAUGAGGACUAUCACACAACCUUUUCUCUAACAGAUGCAACUCGACGUCAUGCUGGUAAGUACACACUAACAGCCUCAAAUAUCAAUGGAACAGACACAAAUUCUGUUGAUAUCAUCGUAAUUGGAAAGCCGUCAGCUCCAGAAGGUCCUCUGGAGGUUUCUGAUAUCCAUGACACUCAUAUGAAUCUUGAAUGGAAACCACCAUUGGAUGAUGGAGGAUGUCCAAUUGACCACUAUAAUAUUGAAAAAAUGGACCUUGCUACUGGACGUUGGGUUCCUUGUGGAAGAGCAGAUGGUACCAGUGCAACAGUCACUAACCUACAACCUGGAAAAACAUAUCAGUUUCGAAUCAGAGCAGUGAAUAAAGAAGGUGAAUCUGAUCCUCUUACUUCCGAAGGUGAUGGAUUCUUGGCUAAAAAUCCUUACGAUGUACCAAAUAAAGUAAAUAAACCAGAAUUAGUUGACUGGGACAAGGAUCACGUUGAUUUGCAGUGGCAAGCUCCUGAUGAUGGUGGAGCACCUAUACAAGAAUAUAUAAUUGAAAAGAAAGAUAAACGUGGUCGUUGGGAAGAGGCGAUGAGGGUACCAGGUGGACAGACAUCUGCUACAGUCCCCAAUCUAAAGGAAGGCGAAGAAUAUCAAUUCCGUAUAAUUGCCAAAAAUAAAGCCGGCUUAAGCGAGCCUUCGGAUCCUAGCGAUCGAGUAAUUGCUAAGCCAAGACGUUUAGCACCACAUAUUCACCGUGAAGAUGUUGAUGACACGGUUGUUAAAGUCGGUCAGCCAGUCAAAUUUACUAUUCAUAUUGAUGGCGAACCUCCACCAAAAGUUUCAUGGACAUGUGAUGGCAAAUCAGUACACGCAGAUAUAGGAAUUGAUAAUGCCGAUUAUGUGACAAAAUUUGCCAUUUCAAAAGCUGUUAGAAAGCAAUCAGGCAAAUACACAAUUACUGCCACAAAUGAAUAUGGAACAGAUUCAGUGACCUUCGACAUAAAAGUGAAAGGCAAGCCAGGCAAGCCAAAGGGUCCUUUAGAUGUGACUAACGUUUUCGAAGAUCGUGCGACUCUGAACUGGCAACCACCUGAAGAUGAUGGUGGUGAACCAAUUGAUCAUUAUGAAAUCGAAAGAAUGGACACAAAAGAUGGAAUAUGGGUGCCAUGUGGACGAAGUAAGGACACAGAAUUUCUAGCUGAUGGCCUCACAAAGGAUAAACAUUAUAAAUUCAGAGUGAAAGCUGUUAAUAUAGAAGGAGAUUCUGAGCCAUUAGAAACUGAUAAAACGAUACAUGCCAAAAAUCCUUUCGAUAAGCCAGGUAAACCAGGAAGACCAACACCAGUUGACUGGGAUAAGGAUCAUGUUGAUUUGGAAUGGGCAAAACCAGUUGACGAUGGUGGAGCACCGAUUCAAGAGUAUAUCGUUGAAAAACGGAGUAAAUACAGCAGAUGGGAGCCCGCUAUAACAGUACCAGCUGAUUCGACAUCGGCUACAGUACCAGAUCUAACUGCUGGUGAAGAAUACGAGUUUCGCAUAAUUGCUGUUAAUAAAGGUGGAGCCUCAGAACCAAGCGAUCCAAGUCAAUCAGUUAUUGCGAAACCUAGAAAUCUUCCACCAAAGAUCGAUCGCAGCGCUCUCACAGCAAUCCAGGUGAAAGCAGGCCAUACGAUAAGUUUCGAUGUUCCAGUAGAAGGAGAACCACCGCCAACGAUAACAUGGAUAAUGCCAGAUGGUCGUGAAUUGAAACAUGGAGGACGAGUCAAACUCGAUAAUCCAGAUUAUCGGACUAAACUGCAAAUUCGUUCCACUGAAAGAGGAGAUAGUGGAAUCUUUACGAUACGUGCUGUCAAUUCCAACGGCCAAGAUACUGCCACAGUUGAAAUUAAUAUCACUGAUAAACCUUCAUCACCCGAGGGACCAUUGAAUGUAACGGAUGUACAUGCAGAUCACGUUACUCUUGACUGGAAGCCUCCUUUAGAUGAUGGUGGAUUACCCAUCGAAAAUUAUACUAUAGAGAAAUUCGAUGUUUCAACGGGUCAUUGGGUGCCAUGUGUAAAGGUUGAUGGGGGACAAACAACGGCAGUUGUUGAUGGACUCAUUCAAGGACAUGAAUAUAAAUUUCGUGUUUGUGCUGUUAAUGCUGAGGGUGAAUCUGAGCCACUGGAAACAAUCGGAAAUACUCUAGCAAAAAACCCAUACGAUGUUCCAGGUAAAACCAGCAAGCCUGAAGUAACUGACUGGGAUAAAGAUCGUGUCGAUUUGAAAUGGAACCCACCAGUAAAUGAUGGUGGUGCUCCUAUCGAAGGGUAUAUAAUUGAAAAGAAAGGAAAAUUCGAUUCAUCAUGGAAAGAAGCGAAGGAAGUGCCAGCUGAUCAAUUAAGUGCGACAAUAGAUGGUCUCAAACAAGGCGAAGAAUAUGAAUUCAGAAUACGUGCAAAAAAUAAGGCAGGUCCAGGAGAUCCAUCAGAACCAUGUGAUCCAAUUGUAACUAAACCACGCCAUUUAGCUCCUCAUAUUGACCGAAGCGCUAUAGAAGAAAUUAAAGUUCGAGCUGGAACAGAGUUUCAGCUCAAUAUUCCUGUAUCAGGUGAACCACCUCCAGAGGUCACGUGGACUUUUAAUGAUGCUCCUGUUGAAUCUACUGAUCGAAUGAAAAUAGACAACAUUGAUUAUAGAACUAAAUUUAUAGUUAAACGAGCACUACGCUCAGACACAGGUACUUAUUUGAUUACUGCAAAAAAUGAUAGCGGAAUGGAUACAGCGGAAGUUAAAGUAACAGUAUUAGAUAGACCGGGAGAACCAGAGGGACCUAUUAAAAUAAGUGAUAUCAAUAAAAAUGGUUGUAAAUUGGAAUGGAAAGAACCGAAGGAUGACGGUGGCGCUGAUAUUACUCAUUAUGUUAUUGAAAAACAAGAUGUAAACACCUUACGAUGGACGCCUUGCGGCGAAGCGCAAGGCACUUCAUUCAACGUGUCUGAUCUUACUGCUGGACAUGAAUACAAAUUUCGAGUCAGAGCCUGCAACAAAUAUGGUGAAUCUGAUCCACUUGAAAGUAUAACGCCAAUCACUGCUAAAGAUCCCUUCGAUACUGCUGGAAAACCUGGUACUCCUGAAAUAACAGACUGGGACAAAGACCAUGUAGACUUACAGUGGACGCCACCCUCAGAUGAUGGCGGUGCACCUAUCGAGAAAUAUAUUGUUGAAAAGAAACUGGCUAGUGGUGAGUGGCAGUUUGCCGAAGAAGUACCAGCCGAUCAAACAACUGCAACAGUUGGACACCUAAAACAAGGUGCAACAUACCAAUUCAGAGUCAAAGCAAUAAACAAAGCUGGAGCUUCGACACCAUCGGAUCCGAGUAGAUCAAUCGUUAUGAAACCACGUCAUCUUCCACCGAAGAUUGAUCGCGCUGCACUACUUGAAAUUCGUAUUAAAGCUGGAGAAACCAUUGCUUUCAAUGUGGGCGUAGAAGGAGAACCAAAUCCGAAGGUUUCAUGGUUUAUCAAUGACACACCUCUCACGACUUCAGAUCACACAAAAAUUGAUAAUUCUAUUGAUAACAGAACUAUCUUAAAAACGAUUAAUGCUACAAGAAGAGAUAGUGGAAUUUACAAAAUUGUUGCAGUCAAUGAUAGCGGCAAAGAUGAAGCAGAUGUCAAGGUAAUUGUUUUGGAUGUACCUGGUGUACCUAACGGUCCACUAGAUGUUAGAGACAUUUGUAAAGAUAGUUGUACGUUGAAAUGGAAAGAACCGGAUGAUGAUGGUGGUUCACCCAUAUCUCAUUAUAUCGUUGAGAAACAAGAAGGAAAUGGUAGAUGGGUGCCUUGUGGUGAAAGUUCUGAUACAACUCUUCGUGUGAACAAGCUUAUAGAGGGUCAGACAUAUAAAUUCCGUGUAAAAGCAGUAAAUCGACAAGGGCAAUCUGAACCACUUACAACUCUUUCAUCAAUUACGGCGAAGAAUCCGUAUGAUGAACCAGGAAAACCGACUGAUGUGAAACCUGUAGACUGGGAUAAAGACCAUGUUGACCUUGAAUGGAAAGCACCACAAAAUGAUGGAGGAGCUCCGAUUGAAAAUUAUAUCAUUGAGAAAAAGGAUGAAUUCGGUGAUUGGACUCCUUGUGCCACAGUACCGGGAUCAAUGACAAAGGCAACAGCUCCAAAUUUAAUUGCUGGCAGAACUUACCAGUUUCGUGUACGAGCUGUUAAUAGAGCUGGAAAAGGCGAACCAUCUGAUCCAACUGAAGGAAUUGUUGCCAAACCAAGAAGGUUAGCACCAAAAAUAAAUUUAGGUGGAUUGUUUGAUCUUAGAAUCAGAGCGGGAAUGCCUAUUCGAAUAAAUGUUGAUUACGAAGGUGAACCAACACCUAAAGCAUUUUGGAAAAUAAGCGAUAAAUUGGUCACUGAUAAUAAUAGAGUUAAUAUCACGACGAAGGACAAACAUAGUGAAGUAGUCAUUCCAUCUUCUGUAAGAGGAGAUAGUGGAGUUUAUACAAUCACAGUUGAAAACGAACAUGGAAAAGAUAAAGCAUCUUGCACCGUCACCGUGCUGGAUGUGCCAAAUGCACCAGAAGGUCCCGUGAAAUUUGAUAAUAUCACUAAAGAAGGGUGUAUUUUGUCUUGGAAACCUCCGCUUGAUGACGGCGGAUCUGAUAUUAUUAAUUAUAUAAUAGAAAAAAUGGAUACAACUCGUGGAACAUGGCAAGAAGUGGGAAGAUCUCCUACGUGCGAAGCAAAAGUCAACAAAUUGGUUAAUGGGAAAGAAUAUAAAUUUAGAAUUAAGGCAGUAAAUUUACAAGGUGAAUCGAAGCCCCUCGAAAGUGAUGCAAUGAUUGCUAGGAAUCAAUUCGAUGUUUCUAAGCCUCCAUCGAAACCCGAAAUAUCAGACUGGGAUGCGGAUAGAAUCGAUAUCGAAUGGAAACCACCAAGCGAUAACGGUGGAUCGCCUAUAAAAAAUUAUAUAAUUGAGAAAAAAGAAAAAGGAAGCCCAUUAUGGACUGAAGCAGGCCAAACUAGAGGUGCAAAAACAUCUUUCUCGGCUACUGGUCUAAAGCCCGGUGCGGAAUAUGAAUUCAGGGUAAUUGCUGUUAAUGAAGCAGGGCCAUCAAAUCCGUCUGAACCAUCAGAUGCUCAAAUGGCUAAAGCCAGAUAUGUCAAACCAGAAAUUCUUACUCAGCAACGAAAGUUCAAAAUUAAAGCAGGUUUAUCGUUAACUAUCGAAGCUGAGUUCAUAGGCUCACCAGAUCCUACUGUUGAGUGGUCAUUCAAAGAAAAUCAACCACUAGCACCUCAGCUUAUAGUUAAUUCUAAAACUGGUGUCACCACAAUUUUUAUACCAUCUGCUAAACGAUCUGAAAAUGGUAAUUAUACUUUAUAUCUGAAGAAUGAAAUUGGAGAAACCAGUGGUAUUUUUGAAGUUAAUGUCCAGGACCGACCAGCAGCUCCUAAAGGUCCUAUCGAGGUUAGUGAUAUAACCAAAGAUAGCUGUGUGCUAUCGUGGGAACCACCAGAGGACGAUGGUGGUGCAGAAAUAACCAAUUAUGUUGUAGAGAAACGUGACACUAAUUCUAAUACUUGGGUGCCUGUUUCAACAUUUGUUGCUGGAACAUCAAUCGUGGUGCCUAAGCUUCAUGAAGGUCAUGAAUACGAAUUUAGAAUAAUGGCGGAAAAUAUAAAUGGACGCUCUGAUCCACUCAGUACUGAAAGUCCGGUGUUAGCCAAAGAUCCAUUCGGAACACCAGGUAAACCUGGUCGUCCCGAAAUCACUGACACUGACGUUGAUCAUAUCAGUCUUCAAUGGACUCCACCUAAAGAUGAUGGUGGCAAUCCUAUUUCGCAUUAUGAUAUUGAGCACAAAGAUUUAAAAACAGGUAGAUGGAUAAAAAUUAAUACAGCUCCGGUUAAAUCGACAAGCUUCACAGAUGAUAGGAUUCAAGAGGGUCAUACUUAUGAAUAUCGUGUUAUUGCGGUAAAUAAAGCUGGCCCAGGCAAACCAUCAGAUCCUUCCAUUCCAGCUAUCGCUAAACCAAUGUUUCAACCCCCCAUUUUUGAGCUUGGCAUUGAUGGAAAAGAAUUUCGAGUUCGUGUUGGUGAGCCACUUGAUAUCACGGUACCAUAUAUUGGCUCGCCCACUCCUAUAAUCAAAUGGUUAAAGAAUGGCCAAGAAUUAGCAAAUAUCGAAACAGAUGAUUCUAAAACUCGAUUAUAUAUACCAGUUAGCAAAAGAACAGAUUCUGGACCAUGUAAAAUCAAGGCAUCUAACAGCUGUGGUGAUGCGGAAGCAAAUAUUAAAAUAUCGGUAUUAGAUAGGCCAUCCCCUCCCGAAGGUCCAAUAGCUUAUCCAGAAACUUCACGUCGCACCGUUACCCUUACUUGGAAGCCUCCGAAAGAUGAUGGUGGUUCUGAAAUCACAGGCUACCGUAUCGAAUAUCAACAAACUGGAUCUAAUGUUUGGGAAAAAGCACUUGAUAACGCUAUGUCUACAACUUAUACGGUUAAAUCACUUGAUCAUGGCAAAGAAUAUCGAUUUCGUGUUCGCGCUGAAAAUAUGGUUGGCCUUAGUGAUCCACUAGAUGGUUUUCCAGUGAUUGUAAAAGAUUCUUUCGAUCCACCUGGAGCACCAUCGACACCAGAGAUUUUAAAAUAUGAUACUAACUCUGUCAGCUUGAAAUGGAAUCCCCCUAAGAGCGAUGGAGGCUCUCCAAUUCUUGGCUACAUUAUCGAAAAAUUUGAGAAAAAAGGUGGCGGUGAUUGGUUGCCUAUAAAAAUGGGUCUUAUUAGAGGUACAGAUGCAAUUGUAUCUGGUCUUGCUGAAGGUGAAACUUAUCAAUUCCGCGUUAGAGCAGUGAAUGCUGCUGGUGAAGGUAUCCCAAGUAAUGGAAGUGAACCGGUUACGUGUCGGCCAUAUAUAAUGCCUCCGGGUCCACCAGAUCAACCGCGUGUUGGCAAGAUAACAAAAAAUUCUGCAGAAAUAACAUGGCUGAGACCCGCAAAAGAUGGCGGUGCUCCUAUUAAUGGCUAUAUUAUUGAAAAACGAAAACCUGGAACUAGCGAAUGGAUACCUUGCAAUGAUAAAUUAGUUAAAGAAACAAGACUAGUAGUAACACCGCUGCCAGAAAAUGAUCAAUAUGAAUUUCGAGUGAAAGCAGUUAAUUCGGCUGGAGAAGGCGAACCAUCGAAACCGUCAGAUAUAGUAACUAUACAAGAUCAGCCAGGAAGGCCAUGUUUAGAUUUAUCAGGUUUAAAAGAUGUUACCGUUCGAGCUGGUGAAACUAUCGAAAUUAAAAUACCAUAUUCGGGUGGCAAUCCAAAACCUAUUGCCGAAAUUUUCAAUGGCGGUAAAGAAAUUUUUGAAGAUGAUCGGACAAAAAUCGAGGUUGGUCCCGACUAUGUAAAAUUAACAACUGUAUCUUCGAAACGAUCUGAUGCUGGACCAUAUCGUAUUUCACUUUCUAAUCGAUUUGGUAGAGAUAAUGGAAAACUUAAUGUGAAUGUUUUGGAUGCACCUGGAAAACCAAUUGGUCCUUUAAGUGCAACAGAUAUUAGUGGCGAUGCAAUGACGCUUCACUGGAGUCCACCGCUGGAUGAUGGCGGCGGUCAUGUAACGAAUUAUGUGGUCGAGAAGAAAGAACCCAAUGGCACAUGGGUGAAAGUGGGCCAGCCUAUUGGCACAAGUUUCCGAGUUCGUAAUCUUGAAAAUGGCAAGCCAUAUGAGUUUCGUGUUUCAGCUGAAAAUCAGUACGGUGUUGGCGAGCCUUUACAAACAAUCGAACCUAUUAUUGCUAAAAAUCCAUUCAAUACGCCUGGACCGCCGGGUCAACCAGAAGCCAUCGCAACAGCUGAAGAAGCUAUAACAUUGCAAUGGUCACGGCCACUAUAUGAUGGUGGUUCACCUAUCACUGGAUAUAUAUUAGAAAAACGAGAGGAAGGAACUAGGGAAUGGUCCAAAUGUGUAUUUGGUCCUCUUAAUGAUAUUCGAUAUAAAGUGACAAGCUUAACUCCACGCAAAAAAUACGAAUUCCGAGUUGCUGCAGUCAAUGCUGCUGGACAAGGCGAUUAUAGUGAAAAUAGUAUUCCUAUAGCAGCACAAUUAGAAGUCACGCGACCGCGUGUGUUACCAUCCUUGUUAGCACAUGAUGUUAUUGCGGUUGCUGGAACACCAGCUAAGAUCUUAAUUCCUUUCGCAUCGAGUCCUGCUCCAGAAAUAAUUUGGAAGAAAAAUGGAAUAUUGAUUGAUGAAAAUAAUAAAAGACCAAAAGUUGAAUCAAAUGAUUUUCUUACACAACUUUCAUAUGACAAAUGUGAACGUGGUGAUUCUGGAACUUAUUCCGUUAAGCUUGAAAAUGAUGCUGGAUCGGACAAUGUCAACAUCCAUUUCAUAGUUGUUGAUAAGCCUAAUCCACCAAGAAAUCUGGCAGUGUCAGAUAUAACACCAGAUUCAUGCAUAUUGAACUGGGAACCACCAAAUGAUGAUGGAGGAUCACCCAUCACUAAUUAUAUAAUCGAAAAAUGCCAUGUUCGUUCUGGACUCGACAACACAUGGGAAAAGGCUUGCUCGUUUGUUAGAGGAAAUAGUUAUGAUGUUAGAGGGCUUAUGGAGAAUGAAAAAUAUAAAUUUCGAGUUAGAGCAGAGAAUCAAUAUGGCAUAUCAGAUCCAGUGGAAAUUAAAGAUGCAAUCACCGCGAAAUAUCAAUUUAAAGUUCCCUCGCAACCUAAUGCACCUAGUGUUCGCGAAAUGGACAAUACGUGGGUGGAUUUAGAAUGGGAUGCUCCCUCGGACGGUGGCUCUAAAAUUCUUGGCUAUAACGUUCAGUAUAAAGAAGCUUCGUCAGGGAAGUGGAUUCCAGCAAAUAUGCAGCUUAUAAAUGGACAGAAUUUCCGCAUUAAUAAUCUAAGAGAUCAAGGAGAAUACGAAUUUCGUAUCAUAGCUAAAAAUGCUGCAGGUUUUUCAAAACCAUCUGAACCUUUCAAGCUUAAACUUAGAUCGAAAUUUGCUCCACCUGGUCCACCAACACAGAUCAGCGCUGAUUCCAUUGGUCGUAACCACGUCACAUUAAAAUGGGUUCCUCCACUUGAUGAUGGUGGUUCAAAGAUUACAGGCUAUAUAGUCGAAGCGCGAGAAAUUGGAAAUUCAUGGCGUAUUGUUAGUGACUACAAUGUUAUUCAGCCGGAAUUCACUGUAUCAAAUCUAAUAGAAUUUCACGAUUACGAAUUUCGCAUAACUGCUCUGAAUAAAAUAGGGAAAGGGCCACCUUCGUUACCAUCGUCACCAAUAAAAAUUCGAGAACUUGGAGGAUCGAAACCGCAAAUCGUUGUUAAACCCGCUGAUAUUACGUCUCCAUAUAAUCGCAGAGCUAUAUUCAUAUGUGAAGCUGUUGGUCGACCAGAACCAGAAGCUAAAUGGUUGCGUAAUGGAAGAGAAAUACCUGAAGGAGCGCGAUAUAGAACGGAAUCUCAAAAUGGUGUUUUCCGUCUCAUUAUUCGAGAAGUGUGGGAUAUUGACUCUGGUGAAUAUACAUGUGAGGUGUCGAAUGUCUUUGGAACUCCACCGGUAAUUGAAAAAGAUAUUGGAAAUGGAAUUUAUGCAGAUGGUGAACUGGUUCGAUUAAAAGUUUAUUUCUCUGGAACGGGGCCAUUUAAAUAUCAAUUAACCCUUAAUAAAGAAGAAAUUAGUCCAGAUCAUCCAAAUAUCCACCUUGUUGACUUCGAUAAUCAUGCCAUUUUGACUAUUCCAUCAAUACAUAAUAGCGAAGCUGGUAGAUAUGAGUUGACUAUAAGUAACGAAAGUGGUGAAGCUAGCACAAGUUUCUGGCUCAAUGUUACCGGUCUACCAUCUGCUCCGCAAGGUCCACUUUUGAUCAGUAGUAUCAGUAAGAGUCAAGCAACACUGUCGUGGAAGCCACCUGUGAACGAUGGUGGAGCUCGGCUAUUGGGCUAUAUCAUCGAGAAGAAGGAUUCAACAAAAGAAGAAUGGACUGAAGUUGCUAAUUUAAUUAAAGACAUCAAUCAUCUUGUUUCUGGCCUUUUUGAAGGUCAUGAAUAUGAAUUCCGAGUGAGUGCUGUGAAUCAGAACGGACAAGGUCCUCCUUUGAUGAGCGAUGGCUCAAUUGUUGCGCGAUUGCCAUUUGAUCCGCCAUUAGCACCUGGAAAACCUGAGGUGACAGAAAUGCUCGAUGAUCAAGUCAUGUUGACUUGGAAUCGACCACAAUCAGAUGGUGGUGGUCGUGUGCGUGGCUAUAUGAUUGAGAAACGUGAAAUAGGAUCUGAAAUUUGGCAAAAAUGUAAUCAAAAUCCGUAUCCAUCAGCAAAUUACCGAGCGAAUAAUUUAAUCGAGGGUCGUGAGUAUGAGUUCCGUGUAUUUGCAGUAAACGAUGCAGGCAGUUCAGAGGCAUCAACUAGUGUUAUGUUCAAAUUCUCUUCAUCCUCAUCUGGGAAAGCACCAGAAAUCACUUCUCCUUUAUCUGAUAUCUCGGGUGAGAAACAUCGAUCAGUAAAACUCGAAUGUUCGUUUAAUGGAAUUCCCACACCCGAAAUUCGAUGGUACAGAGGAUUGAAAGAACUUGUUGAUACAUCUAAAUAUACUAUAAUAAAUAAAAGAACUUCGCAGAUGCUAAUUAUCAAUGAUUUACAAUCGGAAGAUGCAGACGAAUAUUCAUGUCGUGCAUCAAAUGAAUUUGGUUGUCGUUCAACGAAAGCACAACUAUCGAUACGUUCCAAGCCUCGAAUAUUCGUUCCACCACGAUAUCAUGGAGGCUACGAAGCUGAAAAAGAUUCAAAUAUUGAAUUUAAAGUACCUUUCAAAGCAUCGCCACGACCAACUUCAUAUUGGAUGAAGAAUGGUGAACGUAUAACGGAAUCAGAAAAAUAUAAAAUAAUUACGGAUGAAAAAUUUUCAAUACUACAAAUCUCGAAUGCAUCAAAAAUUGAUUUGGGUGAAUAUCGCUUGGUAGUAGAAAAUGAAAUUGGUUCUGAUUCAGGCUAUAUAAAUUUAAAAGUUACUGACUUACCAGAUCCUCCUCGCUUUCCAGUUGUUGAAAAUAUUCUCGAUGAAGCCGUUAUAUUAUCGUGGAAACCGCCCGAAUUCGAUGGAGGAGCUUUUAUUACAAAUUAUAUCGUUGAAAAACGAGAAAGUGGUACCGAAAAGUGGACACAAUGUUCGAAGACUCGUUAUACUUAUUUGACCAUCGAAGGUUUACAGCCAAAGCAAACUUAUCAGUUUCGAAUUAGCGCCGUAAAUAAAUAUGGAACAUCGAAACCAUGCGAACCAACUACACCAACAAGUAUACCUGAGGCACGCUAUAGACGAAAAGGAUAUGAUGUGGACGAUCUUGGCAAAAUCGUUUAUGGCAAAGGUGUGCCAUCUGGAAAUUAUGACAGUUAUGUGUUUGAUGUUUGGAAGGAAUAUUAUCCACAACCAGUAGAGACGAAACGAGAAUCUAUUUAUGAUUACUAUGAUAUUCUCGAAGAGAUUGGAACUGGAGCAUUCGGCGUUGUUCAUCGAUGCGUUGAACGUUCCACUGGUAGAACGUUUGCUGCAAAAUUUGUUAAUACACCAAAUGAUUCUGAUAAAAGUACUGUACGUAAAGAGAUCAAUACGAUGUCGGCCUUAAGAAAUCCUCGUUUAAUCAAUCUGCAUGAUGCAUUUGAAGAGGACCAAGCAAUGAUUAUGGUGUAUGAAUUUAUGUCCGGCGGAGAAUUAUUCGAAAAAGUCUCAGAUAUAAAUAAUCAUAUGUCUGAAAAAGAAGCUAUCGAAUAUAUGCGACAAGUUUGUGAAGGCCUUCGACAUAUGCAUGAAAUGAAUUACGUACACCUUGAUUUAAAACCCGAGAAUAUUAUGUUCACAACGAAAACCAGCAAUCAACUAAAACUGAUCGAUUUUGGCCUCACUGCAAAACUCGAUCCUAGGCAAAUCGUUAAAGUUACCACAGGUACUGCCGAAUUUGCGGCUCCUGAAGUUGCAUCAAACCAACCAAUUGGAUUUUAUACAGACAUGUGGAGCGUUGGAGUUCUAACUUACAUAUUGCUGUCUGGUCUAUCACCAUUCGGUGGUAUAACCGACGAUGAAACACUGAAAAAUGUCAGAAAUUGCGAUUGGAAUAUGGAUGAUCCAUGUUUUGAUAAUAUUUCGCAAAAUGCGAAAGAUUUUAUUCAAAAACUACUAAUUUUAAAUCCCGGGAAUCGCAUGAAUAUCCACGAAGCACUUCAGCAUCCGUGGUUAAAUGAUAUUCCCAAAAAAUCCGAACAAAUUCCAAGCGAAAAAUAUUAUUCAGUUCGUGACAGUGUAAAACAACGAUACAGCGCUUGGCCUGAACCGAAUCCAUCACUUGGUAGAAUUUCAAACUUCAGUUCAUUGAAAAUACACCGUCCAGAUGAGUAUCGCAUUCAUGACGCUUGGUUUAAUCGUGAAGAGGGCCAACCUCGCUUCAUUAUGAAGCCGCUUAAUGAAACCUGCUAUGUGGGUGAUACUGCUGUUUUUAAUUGCAGAAUAAUUUCUGCAACACCACUAACCGUAACGUGGCACAAAGACGGUGUGGAACUAAAGCAGUCAAUGAAAUUUAUAAAAAAAUACGAUUCAAAUAAAUAUACGAUGAUAAUAAAUCGAGUUAAAAUUGAUGAAGACGGUGAAUAUAUAAUAAGAGCUAAAAAUUCUUAUGGAACUACUGAAGAGAAAGUUUAUCUAACUGUUCUUAAAACAGCUGAAACUGAAGCACCAAAACGGAAUGAAGCGCCAAGGAAAAUCAACCGUCAGAAAGAGAUCAUUUCAAUUAAUGAGCUACGAAAUGCACCAAAAUUCAGUUUUCAUUUGCGUCCUCGUUUAAUACAAAAGAAUCAAUCAUGCAAAUUAAUUUGUAAUGUGCAAAGUAAUCCACCUCCGAAGAUUGAAUGGUUAAAGGAUGGUGUGACAGUCAACGAAGAUCAUUUACAAAUCAGCUACAAAAGUGGUGUUUGUACACUCGAAAUAUUUCGAUGUAAACCUAAGGAUUCUGGUGUAUAUACGUGUAGAGCGACUAAUGAAUCGGGUAGUGAUUCAACCGAAUGUAAUGUUAUUGUUCAAGGUAAUUUCUUUUUUUUUAGAUAA